AUGGGAAGAAGACCGGCUAGGUGUUACCGUCAGAUCAAGGGGAAGCCAUACCCGAAAUCUCGGUACUGUCGCGGUGUGCCUGAUCCCAAAAUCAGGAUCUACGAUGUUGGUAUGAAGAAGAAGGGUGUUGAUGAGUUCCCUUUUUGUGUUCAUUUGGUCUCAUGGGAGAAGGAAAACGUCUCAAGCGAAGCCCUUGAAGCUGCCCGUAUUGCUUGCAACAAGUAUAUGGUCAAAUCCGCGGGAAAAGAUGCUUUCCACCUGAGGAUUAGGGUUCACCCUUUCCAUGUUCUCCGGAUCAACAAGAUGCUCUCGUGUGCUGGAGCUGAUAGGCUUCAGACCGGUAUGAGAGGUGCUUUCGGGAAGGCUUUGGGUACUUGUGCUCGUGUCGCUAUUGGACAGGUGCUUUUGUCUGUUCGCUGCAAGGACAACCAUGGUCACCAUGCUCAAGAGGCUCUCCGUCGUGCUAAGUUCAAGUUCCCAGGCCGUCAAAAGAUUAUUGUCAGCAGGAAAUGGGGAUUCACGAAGUUUAACAGAGCAGACUUCACGAAGUUGAGGCAAGAGAAGCGUGUCGUUCCCGAUGGUGUUAAUGCUAAGUUCCUCUCAUGUCAUGGACCUCUGGCCAAACGUCAGCCGGGAAGUGCCUUUUUGCCAGCCACCUAUUGA